CGUUCAACAACUCGGACGGCACGCAAAGCGGGCCUACAAUGCAUUGACCUGCAGUUUGGAAACAGAGCCCACCAUGUCCGGAUCCGCCACCCUUCCAAACGACCCCCGCAUUUCCUUCCAGGCGCCAUCGCUGUCGCAAGGCUCCGCCAGCCACUCCAGCUGCGAGCAACAUGGCUCAGCUACCACCGAGUCGAAUGCAACCCCGCAGCCAUUGACGUCUACAACAACCACUAAGCAGUCGGUGCCUCUGGGUGUCUUCUCGACCCUCUUGGGGAGCAAUUCUACGUCCACACUCAGUGCCCAACCCAUCUUGUCGGACGAGGCGGUCCCGGCCAUCCUCAUUCACGCCCAACCCCCGGACACACAAGAAGGCCCUUCUGACCUUACCGCGAGCUUAUCAUCAGUGCCCAGUGCGACUACCACUUUGACCAACACGUUGCCACCGACUCAGUCUGCCGCCCUUCGCGCCCUCAAUGCCCCCGCCUUCCACUCGUCUCCUUCCAAGAGCAAGUCUGCAAAAUCGACAUCUAGUCGAACAACUGUCACUAGUCAGCCUGUCGUGGUACGCACGUACUCAGGUUCACGACAUACUUCUCGCGCUGGGUCGGGGUUCAAUACCCCGCGCUCUUUUGCAAUGAAUGGGAACAACCAUACUUCAGCCCUGUCAGCUGGUCUGGCAGGUAGAAGCGAGCAGUUACCCUCUGCCGAUGACUUUUCCUUCUCGGCAAUCCUACGUGCCGUCGACCCUGAGAUCAAAGAUGCAAUUGAUGCUAUUGCUGAGAUCUGUGCCAGGAGCAGGAUGAGUCUGGCAGAUGAGUACGACUCACAUCUUCCCCCGCAGGGCGAGAUCACUGGGACGGGACCAGGUUGGGCUGCUAGCACCGGAGCACUUGUAGGACGUGGUCGGUUAAACCGAAUCAGUCAAGGAUGGACUGCUGCAGACAAUACACUAAUGGCUGUACCUGAAGCCAGUAGCUCUAGCGAAAGAUUGGCGCAAGAGGGUAAGGUGGAGAGCAACAAGAAGCGAAGUCAGUCAGCAUACGGCAGCUUGAAGAGUGUUAUUAGUGGUGGCAGCGGUAAGAGAAAAGCCAUUGAUGGCGAUACCUUUCGCGAGCAAGAGGCCAGCAGCUCGAAGCAGGACGAAGUGCAGAACCUGGGACCUCCUUGGGCGGUUCACACUUCAACCUCAUCUUCCCAUCCAGCCAUUACUCUCGCUGCACCUACCGCCUCGAAGCAUCUCUCCCUCGACACGUCAUCUACUAUGCAGGACAAGAUCGAUUUCCUCAUGCAUACAUCAGACAUGCGGGCUCAGAACGAGGCCCUGCAAAGACCUCCCUCACUCCAACGCAGACAAACAACACGUAGCCUACCGUCUUCACGAGCCCGUGCAGGUACAUUGGGUUCUUUGAAAGCAUGGCUGCCAUGGCCCCGCCCCUCCGAUCUCAAUCACGAUGCUCAGCAAGAACUGGCAAGAGCCGAGGACCAACUUCGAAGAAUGUUAAUGUCGCCACAGAAUAUUGGCAAAGGUAAAGCCACUGUCAGUGUUGUUUGAUAUGUCAAGCGUCUGGGCGGACUGUUAUCUAAUCAAGUAACGCUUUUUUGUUUGAACAACCAGUAAAGAUACCCAGAACAUGGAAAUAGCCAGAUGAGAGAUACAAGGAGAGAUGAACCAAGUUGCAUAUACUGUGGACUCUUUUUGGAUACACAGGAAGGGAGGUGCCUGUUAUACGAGCGAAACAAGUAACAAAAAAAGAGAGAAGAUAAGAGCUAUCAAACACGACUCCCUGGAGGAGCACAAACUUAUGACUUACGCCCCCCUUUUUUUUGACGAAUAUCACGACUGAUGAACCCAUAUGGAGCGAGGUUUGGAACCCGCCGUCAUGACUUUUCUUUUGUUUCGGGGCUUGGAACAGCAGUGUUUUUACAAGUAAAGAAUACAAAGAAUGUUUACUG